CCUUGUAUGAAAUUACUCUAGUCUGGUUGUACAAGGACAUCAGUCGUUCAGUGAGAGAUACAACGAGUGCAGUGACGGUUGGAAAUCGUAGAGGAAAAUAAUAUACUUGUGAAUAAGAAAUGGACAAAGAAGUUCUUGAAGUGGUCCUGAAGAAGUUAGACAGGGAGUCUAAGAUCGCCACCAUUAUAGAUCUUCAAUCGGUACCGGCAUUGCCCAAAGGAGAGAACUACUCUUCUACCAUCUUGAGGAUAACUUUGAAAGUAGUCCUGGGCAAUGGAAGGCAAGCGAAGAAGUCAUUCAUCAUGAAGCAGUUGAUCACAAAAGGGGAAAGCGGAGAACUCAUAAAAGAGAUCAAUGCAGCGAAGUUGGAAAGCCAGAUUUAUUCUGUAGUACACAAAGAAAUGACCUAUCUCAUGGAAGAAUUCGAAGACACGGAUGAAACUCUUUGGUGUAAAUUCAUUCACUAUGACCCGCGCUUAUCUUGUAUCGUUCUAGAAGACCUAAAGGCAAGUGGUUACAGUUUGGUCCCUAGACAGAAAGGCUUGGAUCUGGACCAUGCCAUCCUCGUUCUCAAUAGUUUAGGGAGGUACCACGGGAUGGCAAAGGUACUCGAACAGAGGGGAAUCAUCUCCAAAGAUAACUACAGACCUUAUGUUUUGUUGACCGACUUAAAAAUGGUCAAAGGUUUUCUUUACGCAGGUAUUUCAAACCUUUCUAAGGUUAUGCAGGAGACCUGGGGCCCUGAAUGGAAAGAGACCGCAAAGAAACUGAAGAUAUCAUUCGACCCAUUUGCUAAAAAAUGGCUCAGCAUGGGAGUGGUUCAAACUGAGACCAAUUUCACAGUUCUCAACCACGGCGAUUGCUGGUCUAACAAUAUGAUGUUCAAAUAUGAUUUUCAGAACAGACCUAUCGCAAUGAAAUUUUUGGACUACCAAAUACCUCACUAUAACACACCAUGCAUGGAUGUCACCAAUUUCCUUUACCUCGGUACCCAGCCAUCAGUUCGUCGAAGCAACUACGAACUCCUGCUGAAGACUUACUACGACUCCUUGGUCAGAACUCUGGACAAGUUCGGUUUCACUGGUACCAAGCCAACUCUUGAAGAUAUAACCGAUACAAUGAAGCGACUCGAGUUCUUCGGACUGAGUUUCUUUGUAGGAAUGUACUCUUCUAUCAUUUGUACGUCGACAGAAGCUUUUGACAUUGAGAAACUUUUAAUUAGUGAUGGAGAAGAAGGGUUCAAUGAAGAAGUUUUAAGAGAGCCUGGAAUGAUUGAAUGCUUGGGGCCGGAUAUCAUCGAUUUUGUCGAGAAACAUGUUUCUGGACUAAACUAAAAUACUAACAGUAUCUCAUUAAUUAAUAAAUGAAAAAAAAUUAAAACCAUGUGGUUAUGUGCAUUUAUAUAAAUGUAAAUUUUUAUAAAUUAUUCUAAACUAGUUAUAAUAAAUAUAGCUACAUAUAGAAUUUAUAGCAGAAUCCCGAAAUGUUCAUUACAUUACCAUAUCAUUUACAAUAAAAAAUAAAUAUAUUAGGAGAAAAAAGAAACACAAGUAAUCUAAAAAGCGAAUGUAAAUUAUAAAAAGUAUAUUAUGAAUCAGUAGUUUGUUAAAUAAUUGAUAAGAUAAUAUUUGUAAAUAAUAUCUAACAUUAAAUGGUUGAUUUAAUUGUUGAUGAUUAUAAAUAUUCCAUCUAUUUCGAGUCAAUAACACUUUAAAAAUAUACUACAUAAUAUUGUAACAGACGUUGUAAUUCACUUGGCCUCUUCACGAUACCGCCACAUGUGUGCACUCAAGCAUUUUAACUUCAAAUUCUAUUUUUAUUUCAAAUUAUUGUAAUGUAAAAAAAAAUACAAUACAAAUUUGUA